CUACUACUUUCAUGGAGACCUCUUUCUUACUUCCUUUUUCACUCAUACUUUUUAUUACAUUAAACAUCUUCUUCACCCUCACCUCAUCUGCACCAAUAACCGAUUUCACCACUGAUCGUGAAGCUCUUCUUGCUUUCAAAAAAGCCAUCACAGUGGACACAAGUGGUGUGUUGAGCAACAACUGGCUCACCAACACUUCUAUCUGUGACUGGGACGGCGUCUCAUGUGGCAUCAAACACCACAGAGUGGCAGCCUCAAUCUCUCCAACUUCGGCCUCAAGGGAAACCUCUCUCCACAUCUCGGAAACCUAACCUUUCUCCAGUCCUUGGACGUUAGCUCAAACAAUUUCGAAGGUGUCUUACCCGCUGAGCUGUCUAAACUAUGCCGUUUGAAGCAAGUAAAUGUGGCAUCUAACUACUUCAGCGGAGAAAUACCGAGUGGUGUCCUUACAAACAUGUCUUUAUUGGAAGACAUUGAUAUGGAGUUUAACGAGCUAUCUGGCGAGCUCCCAAGUGACAUAUGCAAUAAUACUCCGAAACUGAAGAUACUGAUUCUCAGAGAGAACCUAAUGUAUGGAAAAAUUCCAAGGAAUAUAUAUAAGUGCAGCAAGAUGGAGCAGUUGAGUUUAUCAAUGAAUGCGUUCAGUGAAAACAUACUAACCGAAGUUGGGAAAUUGAGUAUGCUUACGUUUUUAUCUAUAUCUCAUAAUGAUCUCCAAGGAAAUAUUCCGUCUUCUCUCUUCAAUGUUUCCUCGUUGGAAUUCAUAUACCUCGAUGGCAAUAAUCUAUCUGGAAGCAUACCCACAAAUCUGGACAAUUUACUCAACCUUCAAGAGUUGAAUCUUAGUAGCAACUACUUGACAGGUGAUUCGUAA